AUUAGUUGUGGGUGGCAGUUAACAGCCCAAUCAGUUAAUAGCCGUCAACGUUCUUGUCAACAUGCUUGCUCGCAGUCUAAUCUUGCUUAGCUGCUGCCUGCUGCUCACCACUGUGCACAGCCAGACAAUUUACUUCCAGGGCUGCGAUAAUGCCUAUACACUGAACGGAGGCACCACCUACGUUGAGUCGCCCUUCUAUCCACAGAACUAUCCAGCGGGCACUUCAUGUCGCUACCGCUUCACCGCUCCACUCGAUCACUACAUCAAAGCUGAAUGUUCCAUCAGCAUUUAUAAGAAUGGCAAUCAAUGCAGCACGGAUAACUUUUGGAUAGACGCCGAGGGCGAUUUGCUAAUGCGCAAUGCAGAGAAUUUCUGCGGCACCGGCACUUUCACUAGAGAAUCGCUCUUCACCGAGCUCACCAUGGCCUAUAUCUCCAAUAACAGAAACAACGGCAGAUUCCGCUGCGUCUUAACCGUUGUGCCCCAAAAUUGCAACUGCGGCUGGGGUGUGAGCACGCGUAUUGUCAAUGGCGCUGCAGCUGCCAACAAUGAAUAUCCGAGCAUGGUGGCGCUCAAGGACACCACCAACAGCAAUUUGAGAUCCUUCUGCGGUGGUGUAAUCGUUUCUCAUCGUCAUGUUUUAACCGCUGCCCAUUGUACGUAUCAAGUGAACAGUCCCACAAACAUUGUCGCUAUUGCGGGCACCAACAAUUUGCAAGAUCCCACCAGCUCCAUGUACUAUGCUACGUAUGCCAUACAGCAGAUCAUACGUCACGAGAGUUAUCAGAAUGAGCCAAAUGUAGUGAAUGAUAUAGCGCUGCUGAUUACAGCUCGCACUAUUAAAUGGACACGUGGCGUUGGUCCCAUUUGCCUGCCGCCACCUGGCACUUCGAAUAGCUUUGCCUAUGACACUGUCGAUGUAAUUGGCUUUGGCACAACUUCCACGGGCGGCAGACCCUCGACUACGCUGCAGAAAGUCAAUCUAAUGGUUGUCAACAAUAACGAUUGUCAAACUGAAUACCAAGGAUCGGCUACAAUUAAUUCGGGUCAAAUGUGCACCUACGAUUAUUCGGGCAACAGUCGCGAUUCCUGUCAAUACGAUUCAGGCGGUCCGGCUAUAGCUCGCAAAUCGCGACAAUUUCUGCUGGGCAUCAUCAGCUUUGGCAAGACUUGUGCUGCCUCGCCAUAUGCCAUGGGUGUCAAUACGCGAGUUACGACAUACGUAGCCUGGAUACGUCAAAAGAUUGGCAACGCCAAUUGCGUAGUUGCCAUGUAAUCAACUCGGAACGCUUACCAUGUCGCCUGAUGUAUGUAAAUAAUCUCAAAUGUUAGAUUCAUAAUAAAACAAAG